AGAACACAUUUAGUGUGGCUAUUUGCUGUGACAUGGCCUGCAAAGCUAACACUGAGCUGAAAUCUCAGGAGCAAAAAUUCACACUUUUUUCUGAGCCAGUAAACAAAACUGAGGAAGAUGAAACUGCUUUACAAGUAAAAGAUUCUGAACCUGAUCUAAUCCCUGACAUUGUCCUACAAGUAGAAGGAGAGAGAUUUUUUGUCAACCGUCAACAUUUGUCUCUACAGAGUCCUUACUUCAGGGCUCUCUUCUUUGGCUGUGGCGUGGAGAGCAACAAAAGACAGAUAGAGAUAAGAGGUGUGGGUCUGCAACAAUUCAAGGUCUUGAUGGAAUACAGUAGGACAUGCAGCCUAACUUUGGACAGAGAAAAUGUUUUGGGGAUCCUGGAGACAGCAGACUUUUUACAACUGGAGCGAGCCAGACUGUUGUGCUGUAAGUUCCUAGAGCGUGAACUGCACCUCAGUAACUGUUUGGGAAUGAUGACCUAUGCCUGGCAGCUGGGCUGCACUCAGCUGUACACAGCAGCACGACAGGUGGUGCUCACACACUUCUCUGCAAUCUCUGCCGAAGAGGAUUUCUUGUUCCUUUCCAAGGAGACAAUAGCAGAUCUACUUGCCAGUGAUGACCUGGCCAUCCACAAAGAUGAUGUGGCCCUGGAAGCCACCCUACGGUGGGCCUCAUUUGACUCUAAACGUGAGGAACAUUUUCUGGAGCUUGUAGAGCUGGUGAGGCCGGAGUCUCUCUCUUUAUCAUUUAUCACUGAUCUUUUGACCAGAAUGAAAAGCUCUGACCCUCGAGCCAGGCUCAUCAGCAAGCUGAAUGAACAUUUCCCACCAUCUUGGUCAAUGGGGAGGUCAAUACGGAGGACCAGGGCCAAAGAGACCCUCUAUGUCCUUGGUGGGCCUCAUGAUCAAGAACAACAGGCACUGUAUCAGUUUCACCCUCUGAGUGGUAGAUGGCAGAGCUGUGCACCACUACAGAGGAAGAACUUAACCCAGUACUCUGUUGCUGCAGUAGGAGACAAUGUGGUUGUGACAGGUGGAUACUUCCGGGAUGUGUUGUGGUUCAGCGUGGACUGGGUCAAAAUAUACGAAUGUGGGAACCAGCGCUGGGUAGAUGGGCCGGCUCUGCAGAAAUCCAGACACAGUCACUGCUCCACAGGGAUGAAUUCAGCUCUAUAUGUCCUAGGUGGCUGUAUGGAUGAAGGUCUUGUGGCUGAUGUAGAAAUGCUGGUCCUGGGGUCAGAGGAGGGCUGGAAGGAAGUGAGGCCCAUGAUUACUGCCGUGGAGAGGGCAGCCACUGCUGCUCUGGGGUCAUGCGUCUACGUAGCAUGUGGCCUGGAUGAAAAUGGGGAAGCUUAUGCAGGAAUUCAGAGGUAUAUGGUGAAAGAGGAUCAGUGGGAUGUGGUCUCUUAUUCUCCAUUUCCACGAUAUGACUUGGUUGCUACUGAGCUCAAUGGGGCCCUCUACUUGUUUGGAGGCCAAGCCUUGCGUUUUGACAUGGAGACAGAAGAGUGGACGUUACUAGAAGAGGAAUUCUUGGACAGAAAGUUCUUCUGUGGCUGCACCACAGUCACGGGACAGAUCUACCUGGUCAGUGAGAGGAAGAUUAACAAAGCAUUCCCCAACAUGGUGCUGCUGGACCCUUACAUAGACACAUGUAUUGAGAUAGAUGAUGCCAUUCCUUGCCCUGUGCCCCUCAGGGGAUGCAUCACCAUGAGAAUGGUCACAUGAUGUAAUGCAGCUUUGAGUUUUAUUUCUUUAUGCGCAUCACAGAUGCCUUAAAUGGAGCAUUUUAGUUGUGUGAGGUUUAAAAAUUAGAUACUUGGAAAAAAAAAGACUGAAAAUAUUUGUGAGACAU